AUGCAACGAAAAUCUCGACAGUCUGUGCCAAAUCUACAGAGUCACACAAUCGAGGAUCGAGUGGUGCUAGCACUGGGUAAAGUCUGGCACCCGCACCAUCUCGUGUGCAGUAAAUGCGAGGAAAUUCUGAGUGGUGGAGGUCGCUUCUAUGAGCGCAAUGGAGAGCCCUUGUGCUUCCACCACUUCCGCGGUCUCACGCAGGAGAUUUGUCACAAGUGUCGCAACCACCUGCCCGAGUGUCUGGUUGAAUUCGCAAACAAGCUCUACUGCCUCAAGCACUUCACUUGCGAAUUUUGUGACAAACUACUUCAGCCUGGAUCACGCUUCUUUACGGUUGAUCUGAGACCCAUCUGCAAUGCCUGCUAUCGUCGCCUGCCUAGUGACCUGCAGCGCAGCCUGCGAAAGUGGCGACGCAGAGAACGCUACCCUAUUAACUUCUGGGUACGCGAUUUUUUCGACCGUCUACUCUGCAUCUACCCUCGCUCGAGGUACGAGAAGAAGCGCAUCCCCCUCAAUCGUGAUGCGCUGCCUUAUCUAUGCAAAGGUCAAAUUAUCAAUGAAUCCGCUGGGAACGUAAAUUUCAAAUAA